AUGGUUAUAAAAUACAUUGAGAAAUUUCAGUUAAGAUUGAAUUGUAAAUUUAAAACGGUAAAAAAGUACUAAUAUUUAGCCUACCCUUUGAUGCCAAUAGGAGUAUUUAAGAAUUCUAAAUGUUAAAUUUCAAUUUACUUAUGUGAUUAUGAGUAAAGUGACAUCAAUUAACUAUUACCUGCAGGGCAUACAUGGUAUUAUUUAGAUUUAAUUAAAAUAGUUCUUUUGAAUUGCAUUUACCUCCUUAUUCAUAGUAAGAAUUUUAACUGCAAAGUUAUAGCUUGCUGUAACAGAAGGUGAAGCAACAUUUUCAUUGA